AUGUUCUUCUUCCUAAUUCUAGACCUCAUUGCGGCAGUCUCACAAGCACGAGCAAGAGUGCUGCAGAUCCGAGAUCUAUCUCAAUGCGCCCGACUAUGCAUCAAAUACCAGGGUGAGACCAGUGACUGUGGCAUAGAAGACCCUAAUUGCAGCUGCACAAAUUCGCAGCAUCCAGGUGUCAAUACUUGCCUUACGAACCAAUGUUCUGAAUCAGAAGUGUUACAAGCAUUGGGUUUCUUGAAUGACACAUGCUAUUGUACGAGAUUCUUAGCGGGCUAA